GAAAAGCUAUUGAAAGAGACUUGAGAAGUGCUGUACACAGUUGAUGAAUGAAUGGAUGCUGAUUCUAAGACUAGUAGUGCAAGUCAGCUGUCUAUAUAUUUAAAAGUAAAUGAAUUGAAACUACAGCAAGCUUAGAGUUUGGCUAAAGUUUUACUACUUAAAUAAGAAGAUUAGAAACGGUGAACGGAGAACCUGGUGCCUGGUUCAGAGAUUUACGAGCGGCUGCGUUUUUAAUACCACAACAUAAUUCAUUCAACCUUCGAGCUCAGUUGAUCCGGACACACUGUGCCUUCACCUCCAGAGAGCCCGACACACUCCUACUGCACCGAGGAAGAGCACUUGACAGAGGACACUGCAGUGACCUCCAGCAGUUAGACUGCACCUGAUCCCACAUCCUUCAAAGCAAAGGGAACCUGACUCUGGAGCAGGAAAAAGGAGCGAUCAUACCCCACCGCUGAAACACAACCCACUGGACGGAGAGACAGAGGGGCUGACGGCCGUCUCUAUCACCCUGGGAAAAGAGGCAAGAUGCUGGCUAAAAUCCUUGAGGACAUGUGGGUGGAGCCCGAGGUGCUGGAGGCCCUCAGCGAGGAGCAGAAGAGGAUCCUCUUCCUGAAGAUGAGAGAGGAGCAGGUACGCCGCUGGAGAGAGCGGGAGGAAAAGGAGGAGAAGGAACGAAGAGACAACAACACCAGGCCAAAGAAAGCUUUCAAUAAACAUGUGAGGUGGCUGCUCGGUCGGGACGGAGACGUGAGCGUCAGUGUGAUCGGAGACGUGGACGAGUUCAGGUCCUCCAAACUUCUCCAGAGCCUCGUGAACAACAGAGUCCACAGUGAUAAUAUGAAUGGCAUCCAGACAGCGGACUUGCUGCCAGGAAGAGAGGCCCAGCAGCUCGGCUUUAAAGAAGACAUCCAGCUGUCCCUCACAGAUGUUAGCGACGGCCCAGCUUCACCGAACGGCCAGUUAUCUGAGGAGGACAUGGACUCCUGCAGCGCUGACGACGACCCGAAGGACCCCGCCGAGGACAGCGACAGCGAGUCAGGCAGCAGCUCGGACAACCACGGCGACUGGACUCCUCUCUACAGGCCCCAUCUUAGUAGCCAUGGCAACCAGCCGCCACUCAAAGCCCAGCUGCCAGACACGGAGAGGGCCGGCCCACAGGACAGAGAGAUUGUGUGCUGUGAAGAGAAAAAGUCUGAACAUGGAGGUCGCGUGGCGCAGCUCAGGAAGGCAUUCACUGACGAUCCUCGCACCAGCACACCGCCUGCCUACACCAAACCUCCUUUACCUGCCAAACCUGCUCACCUACAGAAAAGAAGCACACCCUUGAUUCAUUAAGACUGAAGGUGUGUCCAGCCUGCUACAAGACAACGCUUGACCCCAAAGAGGCAGAGACUACUGCACUGAGUGUAAUAAGCCCCGGCGGACAAAAAUGGCUCAUUUAGACACUGUUGGUCCAGGCUGAGGCCACAUACAUUGGAAGAAAAGGAUCCUUACUUGAACCUGAGCGGUGAACUGAGAUACACUUUGUCAGGCCUCGAUUCAAGGGCCGACCUACAGACAGAGAGACGUCUGGGGGGUGGAGCGAGAGAAAGACUUGAAAGCUUUUGAACUGAAGUCAACCUGAAUGAUAAAAACGAAGCAGCUUUGAUGUUGCUGAGUUCAAAUACGCUCACAUAGUUUCUGUGAUUGACAGGCAGACGCAGAGAGAGAGAUGUCCAGAGAGACACACACGCACAGACUACUGACUACAGGUGAAAAAAGUUCACCUGUAAAAUGAGUGUUAGUUUUAUUAUUCACAUGUCAUAAGCAGAGGUUAUUGGGAAAUUGGAUUUACUGGAUACAAAUCAUAUUCAGGUCCUUCUGUACUGUAGUAAAUGUAGUCAAUGUAACUUGUCACUGUACUGUUUUAACACUGACUUUCACCAGCGCUGACAACAUCUUCAUGCAGUAUAUCAGCAGCAAUCACAAUGGUGCCGGGGUCUUGGGGAUAAAAUAAAAGAAUACUAGUGCAGUAUUUGGACAGUGACACAGUUUUAAUGAUGCUGUUAAUAAGAAACAAUAACUAUGAGGUUAAAUAGCUGACUCAUAUAUUAACAGUGAGGGUGUUUACAUCCACAGGAACUGAGGAAUUGUAGCUCUUUUUAUUAUCUAUUAUAUUUAUACUUUGGUUCAGACUGAAAUAUCUCAACUACUAUUGGAUGGAUUACCAUGACAUUUUGCACAGACAUUCAUGUUAACCAGAGGAUGAAUCCUACUGACUUUGGUGAUCCCCUGACGUUUUCUCUAGCGCCACCAUCUGGUCCAAUACUUUGGUUUAUGACAAAGUACCUCAGCUGCAUUUAUGUUUAGUGCUAAUGCCCAGAUAUUAGCAUUCCAACGCAUUAGCAUUGUCAUUGUGAGCAUGUUAGCAUGCUGAAAGGAGCAUUUAGCUCAAAUCAUGGCUGUAGAUUCUCAGUCUUGUUCUACAAAGUGCCCUGAUUUUAGUGGACCAAGUUAUUAUAUUUAACUGACCUUGUAAAUAAAGUUAUUAUAUUUAACUGACCUUGUAAAUAAAGUUAUUAUAUUUAAUUCGCCGUGUAGGUUAAUUGGAAAUAGCAGUUUUUAAAAAAAAUGCUUAUCACAAGGUCCACUUGCAUGGUUUUUCCAGAGCUUUUCAUCCACAUCUCACAUCUGAUGUCAUGUGAACGAAAAUCCAUACUUAGGUCACAUGAUAACAACUAAACCAUCUCCAUGACAACUGAUACCACAAUAUGUGGCUGAAAGCUGUGGAAACCAUGUAAGUGGACCUUGUGAUGAGAUGUUUUUUUUUUGUCAAACAUCAAAUUUAAUAUUUUGUUGCAAAUCCUACGACCCAGAGACAUCAACAGACACUUCCAUUGUUAGCAUCUUCACAUCUAGUGAAACACAUGAUCAGUUGGACUGAGGUCAGUUGAUAGAGCAUGGUCAGGUGAUGGACUUGGCUAGGCAAGAAAAUUACACUUUUUGGACCUUAAAACCUGCUAUGGAGGGACUGUGUAUAAAAAGAGCUCCUUUGCUGUUCAGCCAACAAGGAUUUGAACACCCUCACACACUCCUACAGCUUUGAGUCAGCACUUUAACAUUAUUGUUUCAUUUCGAUUCUAGUGUCCUAGAGUACAGGCCUAAAAGAAUGGAAAAAGGUGUCGCUGGAUAAAUAUUUACAGACUGCACUGUAUAGCUCUAAAGGGACAUCAGAUGCAAGAAACUGCAGAAAAAUACUAAAUCAUUCUUGUAAGAACGUGUUACCAUGGGAGAUGUAACAGUACUUCAUUUUUAAGGGUUGGAGUGUUUGAGCUGUAGUUACUACCUAACCAUUGGGUCACAUAUUCCCAUUACUUGGUCACUAAUUUCCUGCUAAAACUCUGCUCCUGCUGACACACUUUUAUUUUACCUUCUAUUUGUAUUUGUAUUUGCCUAAGGAGUUUAUAUGUCUUUUGUUGGUGUGAAAAAGAACAAAUUAAUUAGUAAACUCAAAGACUUGA